AUGCUUAUUUGGCGUUUUGGAGGAAAUGGAGCAAGUGUUAUUCGGAUUAUUCGUUAUACUGCCUUGCAUUUUAUGACAAAUGAGUCGAACAAGUGCUGGAUCUUGCAGAAUUGUCCAAUGUUAGGUUCAGGUUCUGUUGUUGAUUUUUUAGCUGGAUCCACAGCUGGAGGCACUUCAGUUUUAUGCACAUAUCCUUUGGACCUUGCUCGUACAAAACUUGCUUAUCAAGUGGUAGACGCAAGAAGUAUAAUGGACAACAUGAAAGAUGUUCUUCCUCUGCAAGCACAUAAUGGAAUUAAAGAAUUGCCUCCAAUAGUUACACUCUCUGGGUCAUUGGUUACUACUUUUGAUGAUAUCAAGGUUGAAGAUGCAGAUUUUGCGGCCAUUCAAGUUUCCAUCCCACUCGCGGAACCGCCGCGGCCGAUCCUCCACCACCGUUCCUGUUUAUCCACCCUCGCGGGGGUCACUGCCGUUUCCGUAUCCUCCUCCACCACGGCUAUACCAACUCCCACAGCCGUACCCGCCGCCGCCGCCGCCGCCUGCUCUUCCGCAAGACUGAGCUUCGUUCACCCUAAUGUUCCGGCCAUCAAGGCUCUGACCUUUCAUGCCGUCGAUCCUAUCGAUCCCUCAUGGUCUGCUCUGAUCCGCACUCUCUUGACCUUCCUGUCUCGUGAUCUUUCGAUUCGAUAA